CCGCCCGCCCCCGGCAAAGAUGGCGUGGCGAGCGCUGCGGCGGGUCGGGCCGGUGCUGGCGCCGCGCUGCCCGCUCCUCUCGCUGCCGCCGCGGGAGCCUGCGGCCCGCAGGCUGGGCACCAGCUCGCUGCUGCUGGCCGCCCGCAAGUUCACAGACAAGCACGAGUGGAUAUCUGUGGAAAAUGGCAUUGGAACAGUAGGAAUCAGCAAUUUUGCACAGGAAGCAUUAGGAGAUGUUGUUUACUGUAGUCUUCCAGAAGUUGGGACAAAAUUGAGUAAACAUGAUGAGUUUGGGGCUUUGGAAAGUGUGAAAGCUGCUAGUGAACUCUACUCCCCUCUCUCAGGAGAAGUGACUGAGAUUAAUGCUGCCCUUGCAGAUAAUCCAGGGCUUGUCAAUAAAUCCUGUUAUAAAGAUGGUUGGCUUAUCAAGAUGACUGUGGCAAACCCUGCUGAACUUGAUGAACUGAUGACUGAAGAUGCCUAUGAGAAAUACAUAAAAUCCAUUGAGGACUGAGCUGGAAUAAUGAAAUAAAUUCUUAUAAAAAAUCUCAGUGUAGUUUGUCAUCAAUUAAGGAAAUACUGAAUAUCCAGUUUUGGCAACUUGAAAAAUACCACUUAAGAUCACAUAUACAAGACUAUAAAUAAUUACAGUGAUAAAUGGGUUUCACAUCUGUAUACCUGUGAGGGUUUUUUAUUCUGUUGUCUGAUUCAUGUAACUGCAGAUGUUAUCUAUAAUAUUUUGGGAAACAAAAUUCACUUGCUGAAAUAAAUAGUUCCGUAGAUUCAUUUGACAUCAAAUUUAGUAGCAGCAGCCUUGAUAUGUUAAUUUUGUCAUAGGCACAUGACUGUCCUCAUGACCUGGCCUAUAGUUUUCCCUUACUUUCCUAUUGCUCCCAAAGCACUGAAAAGCAGUGUCUUCCUAACCUACUCAUGUUCUUCUUUCUUAGGGUUACAAAGAUGAUACCAAAAAAGGAGAAGCCAAAUCAACUACCUCUCUGUGUGACUUUUAUUCCUUUACAGAACUUAUUAAUCCUAUGCUUUCCUUAUUUUUUUUCAUUGUGUAAUCAAAUAGUCCUGCCUGUGAGGCAGCAGGGAUGGGGGCCCUGCCUUCCCCUCUCUGUGCUUUCUUAGUGUGCAAAGCUCCUGCAGUGAUUGUUUAUCAAGGUUCUACAGUGGGUUAUUUAGGCUGUAUUUUUGCCUACUAAAUACUACCUAAGUCAGAAGUAAUUAAGGAAUUAAUUUUGCAUCUUUUGCCUGGCAAUUGUGGUGAUUUCAGCAGAGCAGGUACUUGUGGAAGUUGUGUGAUCACCAAUAGUUUGACAUAUCAUGUAUCUGUGUGUGUCUGUAUUUAAGAUCAAGUACCAAACUGCUCUAAUGACACCACAGGACUGAACACAAAAUUUAUCCUUUGCAAACCAGUGAACUAAAGCAGCUGAUUCCAUUAGACUUAAUAUUUAAUGAAUCCACAAAUGUGAAUUCAAAGUUGAUGUGACGUCUGAUGGUAAGGUGGAGUUGUACACACCUGCACUUUAAGAAAACACAAUAGUACAGCAGAGUUUUGGUCUAAAACUUUUCCCCACAAUUUUAAAAUGGUCAUUAGCAGCCAAGCACAAAAUGGGAACAAACCCCAACGAUUUAGGUUGAUGUAAGAGGAAGCAGGGGAAUGCUUAAUUCGUGUAAGAUGACUAAAGCAAAAUUCAUAUUGCUUUGAAAGUUCCUUCUUUCUAAAGGGAUGUGAAUCACUGACCUUCUAAAGUGCAUAAAUACACUGCUGGUAAUAGAGAAACCUUUCUAAUGUAUAAAAAGAGGGUUUCUUUUAUGAUCUAAAGGAAUGUCAAAGUAAUUGCUCUGGUGGUUUUUGGGUUUAAAUCCUAGGAGCAAACCUUUGCUGCACAAGUCACACAUCAAAGCCCUGCCAAGAGAGAAUCCACUGUGGAUUUAAGAUGGUUUCAUCUUCUCCACGGGAGUUAAACUGCAAAAUGAGUAAGAGGAAAGAGGGAGUUUGACUGUUCCACAGGAGCUCUAACUUGGCAGUGGCUGAUAAACAGAAGGCUCUUGUAAACCUAGUGUAAAUGUUUUAAAAACUCUCAGUCCUUAUCCAUUAUUCACAGUUCCAUGCAGUAUUUAUUGUGACAACAUUCAGGGCUCAGAGAGCUGGAAGCUUGGUUCUGGCCUCUUACAAACUCCCUCCCUCAGUUUGUCUUUUACCCCCGUGCACAUCGGAAAGGAAAGAGAAAGUUUGUUUCAAAUACAGUAAGUGUGGGCAAAUGGAGGUAGGAAUGCAGGAAAAUGUUUCUAUUCGAUACUGUUUCUUUCAUCAUCUUUUUUCCCACUUGGCUAGAGAGUAACAGGCCCUUCAUUAUUUUCCAUGUAACAUGUGACCCUUGUUGAUCUCCCCAAAGAGGUUAGUCCAGAGUACUUUAGUGCAUUUUUAUACCAUUUUCCCUUAAAAUGUUUGUGGGUUUUUUUUAUUUUCUUGAUCAAUAAAAUAGUAAUUUCUGUAAUGACCUAGGGAACCUGGGGAACAAUAAAAGCUGGCAAACCUGGUCUCUUCUCAAACUUUGCCCAUUUAAACUGUAUUAGCAGCUUACAUACAUCAGUGUGGAUAAAUGACAACCAUCUGGGAAAAGUACCUGAAACAGAAUUCAACCUCUCUUUCAUGGUGUACAGGUGGAAGAGUGAUGUUCUGUUGCUUAAAGAGGAGGAUCAACAACAUCUCUAUCCCUAAUUCUUUAAAAAUUUUAUACAACUUUAAAGUGACUUAUUCCUCUUAAAAGGGGAACAAUAGUACUUAGGUGCUUUUAAAAAAUUUUUUUCACAUGGUUUAUGCCAAGAGCUGUGGUGUUCUGUGGUUUAGGACAAGUUAUGUCUAUUGGACCAAAUGUUUUUAUACCUUGUUACAAUUCAGCUACCUGAAUUAUGCUGCCAAAACAAUGUGUUCUUCCUUGUUUGAUGUCUGCUACCCAAGCAGAGCUCCAAGCAGCUCAUGGCUUCACUAAGUUCAGCAGCAGCAGCAGGAAGCCUCAGGCAGACUGCAGGAGCAUGAAUGCAGCACUUGCUGACAUGAAUCCACAAUGAAUGUGUUUAUCAGCAUAAAAAGAUGGAGUGAAUGUGCCUUACCUUUGGUCUGUGACACAAUUUUAAAUGUUUUUGUAGAAAUUGUUGGGAAAAAUGUCAAACUUGUUCACCAGUGUGUGCUCCUACAGAAAAUUAAUAAAGGAGGUGAUUUCUUACAAAAAUAA